UGGUCAGAUAACUGUGGUUUGCAUUUUAAUGUUAAGAUUUACAGGAGAGCAUUCAAUAAUACAGUUAUUACUACUUUAGUUCCAUGUUACAAAAGAUGUAAACAGAUGGAAUAUUCAGAUGAGCAAGAGGCAAUUAUAGAAGAGGAUGAUGGUGAUGGUGGCUGGGUUGACACAUUUCAUCAUGCAGGUGUGGGCAACCUAACAGAGUCCGUAAAGGAAAUAACACUUGAGUCCCAGGAUUCUGGGAAAGCAGUUGGUAACCCAGCUUGCAAUGAUGAUGACGAUGAUGAUGAAGGUGAAGCAGCAGAUAUGGAAGAGUAUGAAGAAAGCGGAUUGCUGGAAAAUGAUGACGCAACUGUGGACGCAGCAAAAAUUGCAGAAGCAUGCAAACCAAAGACAGAUGUUGUGGGUGAUGAUGCUAUCUUACAGACUAGGACAUAUGACCUUUACAUCACAUAUGACAAGUAUUAUCAAACACCAAGACUCUGGUUAUUUGGUUACGAUGAGCAACGUAUACCAUUGACUGUAGAACACAUGUAUGAAGAUAUUAGUCAAGACCAUGUGAAGAAAACUGUGACCAUUGAGAACCACCCACACCUCCCACCUCCACCAAUGUGUUCUGUACACCCAUGCAGGCAUGCGGAGGUAAUGAAGAAGAUAAUUGAGACGGUCGCAGAAGGUGGAGGAGAGCUGGGAGUUCAUAUGUACCUGCUUAUUUUUCUAAAAUUUGUACAGGCUGUCAUUCCUACAAUAGAAUAUGAUUACACGCGGCAUUUUACAAUGUAA